AUGGGUGAUCAUUACGGCUUUUCGCUGACUACGUUCAGUCCAUCCGGCAAGCUUAUGCAAAUUGAGUAUGCGCUGAAUGCCGUCAAAAAUGGUCAGCCAUCGGUCGGUUUGAGAGCAUCUGAUGGAGUUGUAUUGGCAACGGAGAAUAAAGCAUCAAUUCUGUAUGAAGAUCAAGCAAAAAUUGAAAAGCUCAGUCGUCAUAUCGGAUGUGUUUAUAGCGGAAUGGGACCUGAUUAUAGAAUAUUGGUGAAAAAAGGUCGCAAGAUAGCAAUGCAGUAUGAAUUGAUGUACGGUGAAGAGAUUCCAACCACACAAUUGGUCACCAAGUUGGCUGCUGUUAUGCAAGAAUAUACGCAAUCCGGUGGUGUUCGUCCGUUCGGCGUAUCAAUGUUAAUCGCUGGCUGGGAUAGUGAGCCAGGUAACGGAAGGCCUCUGUUGUUCCAGUGUGAUCCAUCGGGUGCAUAUUUCGCGUGGAAAGCAACAGCGCUCGGAAAGAACGAUGUGAACGCGAAAACAUUUUUGGAGAAACGAUUCAGUGAUGCACUCGAAUUAGAUGACGGCAUUCAUACAGCAUUAUUGACGUUAAGAGAAAGUUUCGAUGUGGGUAUGACUGAAGAUAACGUUGAAAUCGCUAUUUGUAAUCGUAAUGGGUUCCAUCGACUCACCAAACAACAACUCAAAGACCACCUUGGAGCACUUUAA